UAUUUAAGAUUAAUCCCCGGUCCCGGGGCGUCGGUCUGGACUUUCUCAGUUCUCAGCUCUCACUCUUUUUGCUCCUGCGGCUGACCGUGCUCAACAAUAAAUGUUCAACCAUCCCCUAUUUCUGCGGCCUGCGACAAAAUCAAAUAAACACCAACUCCAUCCCGAUGCCGACUUGAUCACCCCCUCCUCCGCCGCUUUUCAAUCCUUACUAGGAUAAGAUAAGGAAAGCGAUUACGGUACCUACCCACGUAUCAAAUAAUACCACUGCGGAUAAAAGGGUAAAAAAACGAGAGAGAGAGAGAGAGAGACAGGGAAGAAUGUCCCGUUCCCGAUCCAGCGUAACCAGCUCCAGCCACGACCGACUCGAACCGCGCCUUGUGAAAGCCGCCGCAAGCGAUGCGCUCGAAGACCUGCGCGAUGUCGUCGCGACCGCGCGCGAGAACGGCCAGUUGACUGAUGGGUUUUUGCGCGUGGGGCUCAUGCGCGCUUGCGAAAGGGGCAGGUUUAAUGCAGCGCAGUAUUUGCUUUCGUUGGGCGCUGUGCCGGAUUUAUUUUCUGCGCCUGGGAAUGCGAAUGCCAAUGCGAAUGCGAAUCAGAAUGCGAGUGCGAGUGCAAAUGCGCAAGGUGGAGGAGGAGGAGGUGGUGGAAGGGUGACGGCGUCGCCGCUGCUCAAGGCCGUAGAGAGGAAUCAUGUGCGGAUUGCGCAGGUUCUGCUUGACUACGGGGCUUCGACGGAGAUUGGAGAUAGGAAGGGAAGAACGGCGAUUAUGACGGCCGCGUGGAAGAAUCAUUUCCAUAUCCUGCAGGUCCUGAUUGCGCGCGGGGCGGAUGUGAAUGCGCGCGAUCUGAGACAGCGGAAUGUCCUGCAUAACCUUGCUGCGGAUAAGAUGUGUGAUUGGGGAGAGGAUGUGAUUCGGCUGUUAUUGGAGACUGUGUGUGAGGUUGAUGCGCGCGAUGAGCUGGGGAGGUCGCCGCUGCACUGGGCGUGCGCGACGGGGAAGGAGAGCAUUAUCUCGUUGCUUCUGCGGCAUGGCGCGGAUGUGAAUGCACGCAGUGAUGGCGGUUGGACGCCGUUGCAUAAUGCGUGUGACCGCGGGAGCGAGAGUAUUGCUAGAAGGCUGCUAGCAGCUGGGGCGAAGAUCAACUCGCAGUUGCUGAAUGGGGUGUCACCAUUGCACUUGGCCGCGCAAGGUGGACACCGUGAAGUUGUCGAG